AUGUUUUAAUAUACACCUUAAGAAGAGGCAUACUACAGACAACUUUGGGCCCCUUUCGAUCCACAAGUAUUUUACAUUCAUUUGAUUCUUAGGGUCUAGGCUUUGCUGAAGCCAAAAGCACUGUUUAAUUUUUCAAAAAAAGUCGACUUCCUGUUGAUGCACUUAAGGGAAUUUGGAUAGCAGGAGUAAAAAAUUAGGAAGGCAGACUUUAUUAUCCAGAAUUUGCUACAGUCAUGAGACUUAUUGCAUACUGUUAAAAUGGAUUUGAAUUCAAUGAAUAAUUAUUGAACUAAAAUAUACCUGUUCCACUUCCAGUUAUGGAAGGAAUAUAGGUACCACAACAAUAAUAACUACCUUAAUAACCAAUCUCAUAACCACAACAGCAAUAGUUUAAUAAUUUCUAAUAACCACAAACUUCUUUGCCUCAAUCAAAUUAUUUCUAAACCCAACCAGUCUAAAAUACUGCUUAAAUCUCUCUCCAAUCAUAUGUUGAACCUAGACUAGAAUAUUAAAAAGUAUCAAAUUCCAAUAAUGUUUUAGUACGAUUUACCUGAUGAUUAGUAUAACAGAUAUGAAAUCUGCUUUAAUCAAUAAGAUAAAACAAAUUCAGGGUGCAUUAAGGGUGAUCAAGCAUAGGCCUUUUUUUAAAAGUCUUAACUUCCCGCUCCAAUAUUGAAUCAACUUUGGAGCUUAGUUGAUUUUGGACAAAAAGGAUACCUCUAUAAAAAUGAAUUUAUCGUUGCUGUUCACUUAAUAGCUCUGUGCAGAAAGGAUACUCCAUUACCUUAAGUACUACCAGAAUCUUUACUUCAAUUAACAAGAAGAGAUCAACAAUAAAAUUAGGUUCGAUCGACUUCAUAAACCAUGCCACAACUUUCCUCAGGUUUACCCCCAUAGCCAUAAAGAGCUGGAUCAUAGAAUGAAGUCUAAGGACUUAAUCAUCAAGCAAAUUACUUGCAGAAUAAACUAUAAAAUUAAACACAAUAGAUUUAAUUUGCAAACAAUUUGGAUUAACAAAAAUAGAUUAUAGAUGAUAAGAAAAAGGACAUUGAAUUUCUCAACCAAACCAUCUAAAAGCUUCAAAGCUUUUAUGAUUUUCUUAAAAAAGAAUAAGACGAAUUGCAAGCUUAAAUAUCAUCAUUAAGUGAUUAAUAAUCAUAAAAGCAACAUUCAAUUAAUGUUUUAUAGGAUAGUAUAUAAAAUCAAUUGUAAAUCAACUCAAACCUUUAGAAACAAUUGUAUGAUAUGAAAUAAUCAGAUUAGCAGUAAGAGAAUCAGCCACCUGCUUUGACAACUUAGUUUUAGACCAUAAAUGUAUUUAUUUAAUAAUAUUAGAGAUUGAUGACAAUUAUGAUUAUUCCAAUUAUAGAGCAAAGAAGGAUAAGGUAGUUUCGGGAGGUAACCAAAGCGCUGAAAACCUUCCUUGGCAUUGA